AUGCACGUGGUCAUUGUUCAUCCAGAACAAUGGAACGGUGGUUCCGAUCGGUGUACUGUUGCAUUGAUCAGACAUUUUGUCUCACAAGGACAUCGUGUCACUUGGCUCACAACUAUGAUUGAUGAGUAUUGGAAGAAUCACACUUUCGAUGGAGUUGAGAUUCGAGAGGUUGGAUUAAAACUUCAUCCAGGAGAUUGGUGGUCUCAAAACGUUGCUCUCGGAUGGCACAUGGUUUUCAGUAACUUGAAUCCAGAUGUCGCUAUCAUUGAUCAUUCUGCUAGUUGUGUUCCGAUGAUCAAAUGGCGUUUCCCACAAUGCAAAAUUCUUUUCUACUGCCAUUUCCCACAACAAUUGGUCACACCAUCUCGCUUUUUCUUGUACAGAUGGUAUGCCAAACUUAUCGGAAUUGUUGAGGAAGAACUCUUCGGACAGAUUGAUCAGAUCUUUGUUAACAGUAACUUCACAGCUAGCCAGUUCAUCAAAGUGAUGCCGAACAUUGAGAGAAACAAAGUUCGAGUCGUUUACCCACCAUGCGACAUUGACUGGAUUGUCAGCGCGUCUGAUAGACCGGUUAGCAGAGCUGAGCGUGCCAAGAACGAUGUCUACACCUUCUUGUCGAUGAACAGAUUCUGGCCAGAGAAGCGAUUGGAUAUCAUUAUCGAAGCGACAUCCAUACUCAAACAGAAAGGAUACAAUCUUCUUGUUCAGUUGGCUGGAUCAGUCAUGCCACACAUUCCAGAAAGUAGGAUCUACUACGAUCAACUUCAAGAGAUGGCCAGAGAAUUGAAUGUGACCGACAUGGUGUCAUUCAUCCCAUCACCGUCUGACAAAGUGAAGUUCAAGCUUUACCAACAGUGUGAUACUGCUCUCUACACUCCACCAAAUGAGCAUUUCGGUAUUGUUCCAAUUGAGGCUCUCGACCAGAGAAGACCGGUCAUCGUUUGUGACAGUGGUGGUCCAGCCGAAACUGUGUUGGAAGACAUUACAGGAACGAAGAUUGCCAAGCCGUGCGGAGAGCUUUUGGCCGAAGCCAUGCUUCAUCACAUGAACAAGCGCGAUUGGCCAGAACUGGAUACAGAGGAAGGAUACGCUAAACAGCGGCACCGUCUUGAAACUGAAUUUUCCACACGCGGAUUCUGUGGUAAUAUUGAUAGAGCAAUUGCUGAGAUGAUGGGAACAAUGGACAUCAAUGCAACAGAACCAGCACAGCCAGUUAUCGAGACAAUUGUUCAUCAACCAGUUGCCACAGAAGUGUACGCCAAACCGUACCAACAGAACAAGUCUGCUCACAUCAGACGCGCUCAAGCUUAA